AUGAGUUCCCGACUACCUCUAAUUGUUCUUCUACUCGUUGCUCUGAUUGCCAUGACGCUAGCUGAGCUUGCCCCCGAUCGACCGCUGAGCCGGGCAAAACGUCAAUAUAACUACUAUGGCUAUGGAUACCGCUACCCGGUUGGAUAUGCUUUGAACACCUGGUCGUACAGCCCGUACAACUACAACUACCAAAUCCCGGAUCUCCAUAUUGCAUCACCAUACGGGCCAAGGAAUUACCCGUGG